ACUCCAUCAAGGGGAAGCAGCUAACGACUUAUAACCGUAAAUGACUAUAAUAAUAAUAUAAUAUAAUAAUAUCUCGACCUAAAAGUUAACUUCUGUGUUUUGGUUGUGGCGGAAACGGUCUUCAGCUUCUCUGUCAACGAAACCCGGAAGUUGCAGUAACCAUGGUGACACGGUAAAGUGACACUCAACCGGAGAAAAUAGGCUGUAGGCUACGGUUAGCUUGUUAGUCCGUUUUACAAAGUUUGUUUUAUUUUUUAUUAAAUUAAUCAAAUGUCCCGCAAAGCGCUGAAAGUUGUGGUUGAAUUGAAGUUUAGAGCGGUUUCUUGUCCUGGAGUUCACCUGUCAGACAAAGAUGAUAUCUACAUCAGCAUGUGCAUCAUGGGACAGUACCGUCAGUCUGAAUGUCUCCCGGCCGUCUUUCCGCUGCUGUUUCAUGAGAAGAUGACGUUUGAAAAGAUUUUCAGACAUGCAGUCGACCCUGGAGACAUCGCAGUAAUGCUCGAGUAUGAGACGGUCAGAAUUGAUCUGGUGCAGCUGAUUCCUCCAGCAGGCGACAUUCUGGCCUGCUUUGAAGAAGACGCUCGACGUUUCUUGUUCCCGGAGCCCAAACUGCUUCCCUCGUUCUCCGGAGUGGAUCGAGAGGUUCUGAUGACCCGAGCGUCUCACUUUCCUGGUAUCGCUCCCAGGCUGGAGUUUUCCAGCAAGACGACCAUCAUUGAGUGCUCAGCUGAUGCAAAGAUCAACGUUUACCCCAAUGUGCUCCUGAGGCCAGUGAUGAAGAGAAUCAGGAAGCCCUCCAGCAGACCCAGGACCUCCUCUCCUCAGAGGAGACGAGGUGUCAGGACAAACAGGGACAGACUCAGCAGCGCCAGAUCACCGUCACUCAUCUCCAGAUCUCAGUCCCUGUCUCCUCUGAGAGCUGGAAACAGUCAGGGUCUGACCCGGCUCAGUCUGGACUCUUCAGCACACAGAGGCCCGGAGACCUGGAACAGCACCAGCACCUCUCAGCCUCUGAUAGCUUCAUGGCCUGGAGCCGGUCGGUCUGCCUCGCCCCGACGCUCUGCUCCGUUAACCAGCUCCUCCUCACCUUUGACCAGGUCUUCAUCCACAGUGAAAGAUUCUCCGACUGUGAGAAGAAAAUCGUCAUCCAACGGUUUGGUUGGAGGGACAUCAGAAGACGAGUCCAGCUCUUCAGACACACGGGACCCCCCGGACUACCACAAAGACCCCUCAAGACUGUGGCAGUCCUGCAGAGAACAGGCCAGGCAGAGGAGUUCUCACAGAGAAUGGGAGGAGGUCCAAGAGCGGGUUCGAGGACUCCUCACGACACCGAAAGCCGUACGCCGACUUGUCUAUGGAGCGUCACACUCUGAGGUGGACGAGGUUUUAUACAGGAGGUCCAUCUCUCCAGGUCCACCAUGAGGCUCCAGCCGGCUGUGGAGAGGGAACGAGCCCCUCACCAUGCCAACACAGCCCUGAGAUGUCCAGACUCUCCUGAUGUGUGUGUGUGUGUGUGUGUGUGUGUG